AAGCCUGCUUCACCCUCAUGUCUCCCACCAUUGCAUGUUCCUUUUGAUGCCGUCCUCACCAUUUUUCGUUCUCUCCGCCUUCACCUUCGCGUCGAUGCCAUCUCCAGGCGACCCCCCGUUUCCUCGGCUUUGCAACGACUACUCUUCUUUCCUCCGGCUCGUUGGAAAGUGUCGUUGCUCGUGGAGACGAUCCACUCGACGAAUCCCCAUCCUCCCCCUUCCCAAUGUCACCGCUUAGCCCAUCUUUCCACCACUCACUCUCGGUCCUUGCGGCCCAGCCGUCACUCUAUAUGCUCAAGUUAAUGUGUGCGUUUUGGCUUGUCCCUCCAACCAAAGUUUUGUUGCGUAUCCGUUCUUUUUCCCGCGGCUUUUUUUUUUGUCUUUGCGGUGGACGGCCACUUGAUUUCCUCCCUUCUUGCAAUGCAGGAUGUGGGUUUCUUUGCUUCUUGCUUUUCUUUUCUCUCCCUCGGCACCGCUUCAGUUUCGGCGGUCUUCAGUAUCGGGGCUAUUUCUUGGCAUUCAAUGUUCUACCUUGCACACCCAAUCCCGUUCUUGUUCCCGUUCUUGUUCCCGUUCUUGCUCCCACUCUUGUUCCCGCUUCAAUGUGUGGUUUUCUGUCAAUACUCUUCUCUCUGGCAUCCGCCUUGUAUUGGUGCUUCUUGUCAUUGCCCAUUUGUCCCUCUCCCCCAUGGUCUUGCUUCUCUGGAGCAGCAAGCCCCCUCCCCAAGCUGGUUGUUUGUAUCCAUAUCCCCACCUUCCUCCCGUACUUGUUUCUGUUCAACUCGGCUGUGUUUCUAUUUUCCACUGGUACUUCCCGACCUCCGGUCCCAAUCAUUUGUAUCCUUGAGCUUUCUUGCCAUCACCCUCAAUAUAGCAUAUUUGAUUUUGAUCGCCUGCUUCGGACCUAGUUCCCGAAGCAUUGCAGCACGGCGACGCAGUCGAGCGUUGUAAUCAAGCAGGCCAAUGUAUUGGGUCGACGGACGCCUCGGUUGUGUCUGGACAGAGUGCAACAACGCAAUUCAGGAUAGACCUUAUCUCGAUCGACCAACGGCGCUGACAUAGCAAGU